ACUACCAGACUUGUCGCUCCAUGCUCCGCUCACACCGAGCGGUGAGCCUGCUGCCGGCCGUUCUGAGCCCGAACACGACGACAGUCACUCGGUGUGUCUCUCACCUCCACAGUCGUGUGAUAAUCUCCCCGCACUUCCCACCGUUUUGGAGGCAACUCGCUCCGACAUCGAACCCGCGGCUGUGGUGGACGACGGAGGGAAUGCGGCUCACCGCCGACGACACCUGCUGCCGAAACUACAUUUAAACGACGACGACGACGACGACGACAGGGAGCUUCUGUUCGCGAUGGACGGCUCCACCGCGGCACGUCCCUCGUCCACCUGCGGCCCAACCGCCGGGGCACUUCCAGCCGACGAGCACGCCGCGGCGGGCGGAGCUCCGUGUGCGGUGGCCGCGAGGAAGCAGGCGGUGAAGAGGCACCACCACAAGCACAACCUGAGGCACAGGUACGACUUCCUGGAGACCCUCGGCAAGGGGACCUACGGCAAGGUGAAGAAGGCCAGGGAGAGGUCCGGCCGACUGGUUGCCAUUAAGUCCAUCAGAAAGGAGAAGAUCAAGGAUGAGCAAGACAUGGUCCACAUUCGCAGAGAAAUCGAGAUCAUGUCCUCACUCUGCCACCCGCACAUCAUCACCAUUUAUGAAGUUUUUGAAAACAAGGACAAGAUUGUGAUUGUGAUGGAGUAUGCCAGCCGGGGAGACCUGUAUGACUACAUCUGUGACAAGAAACGCAUCUCUGAGCGGGAGACUCGGCACUUCUUCAGACAAAUUGUGUCGGCUGUGCACUACUGCCAUCAGAAUGGAAUAGUUCACCGGGACCUGAAACUGGAGAAUAUUUUACUAGAUGGCAACGGCAGUGUCAAGAUCGCAGACUUCGGCCUGUCAAACCUCUACCAUGGUGACGAGUUUCUUCAAACGUUCUGUGGCAGCCCUCUGUACGCCUCCCCAGAGAUUGUCAAUGGACGGCCGUACCGCGGGCCAGAGGUGGACACCUGGUCUCUGGGUGUAUUGUUGUAUACGAUGGUUCAUGGCACUAUGCCAUUUGAUGGAAACAACCACAAGGCACUGGUUCAGCAGAUUAGCACCGGAAACUACCGAAAACCCAAUAACCCCUCAGAUGCAUGUGGGCUCAUCCGGUGGAUGCUGAUGGUAAAUCCCGAGCGCAGAGCUACGAUAGAGGAGGUUGCAGGGCACUGGUGGCUCAACUGGGGUUUCCAGAAGCCUUUACUGGCAGAGACAAAGAGCUGUACAGCAGAGCAAACCUCUUCAACAGUCGCUCCAGCCACAUCACACCCUGCUGGGAUGGCCAGUGUCGCUAGUUGGCUGCGUCGUACAUCCAGGCCUUUACUGGAGAACGGCUCAAAGAUGCGCUGCCUGCUCCGCUCACAGCCUGCUGGUGGGGCAGAUGUAGUCCGGCAGCGCUCCCUGCGAAGGUCUCGGAAGGAAAACAACAUCUCCCAGACUGUUAAUGAAGGUAGCACAGACAGUCGUCCCUCAAAGGGUAUACUGAAGAGACGUAACAGUGUGAAACAGAAAGUGAUGAGUGAAACCCCGGCUGCGGGUCCAUUGGAGGCUCAGAACAUUUUGGGUUUGUACGCACCACCUACUGCCCCUUCUGCUGCACUGGUGCCUCGCAAAGGUAUCCUGAAGAAGCCCACAGAGCAAGAGUCGGGAUACUACUCCUCCUCUCCUGAGAACAGUGACUCUGGCUUGGUACCACAAACUAAAGAGUGCCCUUCAGCACCGACCUAUAGGAAGGGCAUCCUGAAGCGUAAUGGAAAGUUCUCCUCAGGUGGGUUGCAGGAGUUCGGCUCUCUAGACCAGCUGGCAGCUUGUUUACCGCGUGGGGCUGUCAGGUCAAGACCAAGCGGGGCCAUCAGCGAGGACAGCAUUCUGUCCUCGGAGUCCUUUGACCAGCUGGAUCUGCCGGACCCCGUGGGCCCGUCAACACAAAUUGAUAAACCCACCAAGACUAGCAUGAGAGGAAGUGUGUCUGCAGACAACCUGCUGGACAUCCAAGGAGACGGGAUUCUUGGGGACGGCUUGCUGAGGCCCUGGAACCGCUGCUAUGAGUCCGGGGUGGCCGACAGUGCCUUCUCCCUAACAGACUGUGAUAAUGUAACAGAGGCGUACAAACAGGCCAUGGUUAUACGAGGCUCCACAGCACGCUGAAGGCCAGCAAUGAGUGAAGGAACGCCGACGAAAGAUUUGUUUGUCAUUCAGUAUUUUUAUAUGACUGUAAACUACUGAGGACAUGAGAGCCAAAGUGCAUCAUGUGAAACUACCAGUGCACUAAAUCAUUGUGGCUAGGUUAAGGAAUUGCACAGCACCAAAAGGGGGGGGCUUCUUGUUCAACACCAGAUUUUAUUUAAGAUGGUGAAUGAUAAAUUAUGCUUUGGAGUAAAACAGGCUAAAAUGAACCAGAGGCCACGGUGUUGAACACACUGUUGAAUAAGUGAGUGCAGUUAAGUGUCCAUUUCAAAGAUUCUCAGGCGAAGAGGGCUGCUGUCAGAAACUCUCAAUCUCAGCAUUGAGAUUGAAAAUGCACGUUGAAACCAAAACACGUCUGAGUUUUCAGAACAUUUACAUAAUAAAUUAGAAAACGUAUCUUUUGAGUUACAGUAGAACUUACCGACUUUGUGGCUAAAUACUUUAAAGCCACAAAGUCGGUGUCGGUUUAUUGUCAACAGAUCCGUUUGAGAAAGGGCUUAUGACUUAAAAGCUGCUUUGGAAUCUAACUUUCUGAUAGUCGAUCAGCUGUCAGUUUUAUGUUUAUCUAAGAUUACAGCAAUAAACGGUUUAAUGUUACGAUUAUGUGCAAGCUUCAUGUAGCUUAUGUGACAGAUUACACUGAGUUUGGGAAAAUGACAUUUCAUGGAAACCAAAGAGCAAAUGUAAUUUGAUCUUUUUGUCCAUCUUUUUUUAAAGCACAAGCAAAAGGUGCCAAAUGGACGUUCGUCUGUGCAGGGACUUCAGCUUUCUAAGAGCCGUUUUUUUUUAAAUUGCUUUUUUAAUGAUUUGUUUGGAUAAUGACUUGAAUAAUAACAACCAUGGAACAUUUGAGUCACGAGUGUAACCAGCAGAACCAGCUUUUGCAGCCAAGCCUACGCUGACAGUAAGUGCACAGGUGGCGUGCGUGUGUGUUUUCACAGGAAAGGUGGAGCCGCUAAAAUCGAAUAUUAUGGUCACAAGUUAGCAUUCGUAAAACCAGCAGCUUGUAUUUUGAAAGGGAUCCAUGGGCCUCAGCAAAUUACUGCAUGCUGUGUAUAAUGUGGCACAGACUUAAUGUGUAACCCUUCAACUGAAAUUGGAAGAUUGUUCAUGGAGCUUGGGUGAAAUUGAACAUGCAUUUUAAUGUGAAAGACACCUUGGGUGGUACAGUAUUUCAUAAAGUCGGAUUAAAAGUUUAACCAUCUGACUUAACUAUGCUACAUCCUGGUGACACAAACUGCCAAACAAUUUUUUUUCAAGGUUUAAAAUUUGCCACUUAUCGUUAUGUUAACAUCCAAUUCCUGUUUAAUGAAAUACACCCUGGUGGUGAGACGUGGGUACAUCAGCUGUUGUGAGCAGCACUAUCAGACCAUGGAAACCUGAUAACCCUAUAAUUUAUUUACCAGCUGUCAUUUGAGUAUUAAGCCCAUAUAACAAGGGUUGCCCAACAUGCUGUAUAUUCCAGAAACUGGAAUUUAAAGAUUUUUUAUUCAACAUGUUAUGAUGCUCAUCAGGAGUUUAAAGCCUGUACAUUUGCAAAAAUUAACCUAGGAAGUUCUUGAUCAAAACUGGGAUUCGAAGAAUUGUAUGAGGACCGAGCGGCUCAUUAUCACUGAUUAAUGUAUAAUUUGAGUGUGACACAGGGAAAGCAUGGAGUCAGUCGUUUUCUGGGAAGACAGGUUUAAUUUUUUUUUUGUAUAACUUAAUAUGCAUCUGGCUCUGUUAAUGUUUUUUUGUUUUUUUCUCUUUGACGACAACAAAACCCUGUUUGCCAAAGUUAACUGGCCUAUCAUUUAUGUGAGCAAUAUGAUCUGCCAUGUUGUGACCGGUAUUAGGAAAUCAAUAAAAACAACAACAACAAAGAACUUAA